AUGUCGAUUAGGUCGGUAUCCACCCGCCCUCAAAUUACCGCUAAAAGCUCGUCGGCAAGCGAAAUCGGAACAAGCCCUAGCUGCGCAGUCCUCAACUUCUCCAGAAGUAGAAAUUCAAGCAUAAGGUUGUGUAUGGGUAGCGGCAAUGGAGGAUUCGGACAAAAUCCAAAUGGGGUUGGUGACAGAGACGGCGUCAUCAUCGUCGACCAUGGUUCGCGCCGCAAGGAAUCAAAUCUCAUGCUAAAUGAGUUCGUGUCCAUGUUUAAAGAGAGAACUGGGUACCCCAUAGUGGAGCCUGCUCAUAUGGAGUUGGCGGAACCAUCAAUUCAUGUUGCAUUCAAUUCCUGUGUUCUACAAGGGGCCAAUCGGGAUAUUCCAUCCCUGACAGCUGAAGCUGCAAAGGAGCAUCCUGGUGUCUCAUAUUUAGUAACGGCACCUCUUGGCCUUCAUCCGCUACUCGUGGAUGUUUUGAAUGAUAGGAUCAAUCACUGCUUAAGCCAUGUUGCUGGAGAUGCAGAGGAGUGCUCUGUUUGUGUUGGAACAAACAAAUGCCAGCUCCAUUGA